AUGGCAACUAUAGAAUGUUCUGGGACAUGUUGUAAGAAAUGGAUAUUAGAUAAUCUUCUUCUGAUACUGACAUUGGUUGGUGUGAUUGUCGGUUUCAUUCUUGUUCCUAUACUUCAGUCAUUAUAUUCUUUACUGGUUGUGGGUACGACGUUUCAUGAACAAUUAACAAUAUUUAAAGCUACUGCAUCUUUAGAACCCAGAUCGAACGGCAAGAUGAGUGGCAUCAGUUUUGGAUUCAUGGUAUGCAUGGUGUUUCUCGCGGUAACUGUCGGCAUUGUGUUAUGCUUAGUAAUACAACCUGGUAAAAUUAAUUCUGAUAUCACCGAUGAUGACUACAAGCCAGCAUACUAUGAAACACAAGAUGUAAUCGCCGAUUUAUUAAGAAAUAUGAUUACAGAUAAUAUUGUCAAAGCCUGUCUGCAAUCCAUUUACACUGCAUAUACCUUUGAAGAAACUAACAGCACAGACACCAAUACUACGGAGUUACAAGUCGCGUCCAAAUCAAGCGAAUAUGGAUCUGGUACUAAUCUGCUUGGUGUGUUAAUAUUUUCUGCUGCGUUCGGCGCUGCUAUGUGCGUCCAGAAGGAAGAGACACGUGCCAUGUUCAAUUUCAUGUGGGCACUUCGGACGAUAUCAUUGAAGAUCCUUACUGUGUUUUUAUGGUGUUUACCUAUUGGGACCGCUAGUCUAAUUUGCACCUCACUGCUUGGAGUUGAUGACAUAACCGCCGUCUGGGAGUCUCUGGGUAAAUUUGUUGGUACAGUGAUCGCAGGCCUCGCCAUCCACGCUUUUAUCACACUAUCUCUCACCUUCUUUAUUGUGACAAGACAGAACCCAUAUGUUUUCCAGUUUCGCUGUCUGAAGGCUAUUGUUAUGGCAAUGAUCACCAAAACAAAUGCUGCCACAUUACCAGUGAUUUUUAAAGUCUGUGAAGUCAACAACAACAUCCACAAAACUGUUAGCAACUACGUGGUGCCGUUGAACGUAUCGUUUAAGAGCGAUGGGUCGGCAGUGUUCAUCGUUAGCGGCGCUAUGUGGUUGGCACAAAGUGAGAACAUGCAAUUGAAUGCAGGGCAAGUCAUCACAAUGGGAAUUGUAGCAUGGGUAAUGGGACUUAGUCUUCCAGCAGUUCCAAGCGCAAGUCUCGUUGCCAUAGUGACCGUCUGUAGCUCGGUCGGUGUACCUUCAUACAACAUCGGUCUCCUUAUUUCCAUGGAAUGGUUAUUAGAUUCUUUACGGACAGGUGUCAAUUGUAUCAGUCACUGUUCAUGCGCUGGUAUUGUCAACAGUAUAAUGGCGGAUACUAUAGAAUCAGCUGAGAGCGAGUUGGAGAAAUUAAAAGCGGUCGAAGAACACGAUCUGGAAGACCUAAAACAAAGCGGUGUAGUGAAUUUAGCUAUAAACAAAGAUGGGGAAACAGCUGGUUCAUUUAGACAAUACACGCAAUAA